UUACGACCCCGACUUGGUGACUGUGGUGACGGUGGCAGCGCCCCCACCGGUCCGGCUUCUUUCUCCUCCUGCUCAGGUGACUGCACCUAAAGGAAGAAGCAAUAAAUCCACAUUGAUAAUCACUGCCAUUGCAGUUCCCGUUGGCGUACUUGUAGUGUUUCUCUCUCUUGCUUUUUGUUUCGUUUGGAGGAAAGGGACCACGACCCAUGAGCUCGUCCAAGAAGAAGCCGGCACGAAUAAAAUUACAAAUGAGGAACCCUCGCAAUAUGAUUUAGCUACAAUACAAGCUGCUACAAACAAUUUCUCUCGUCAAAACAAGUUGGGUGAAGGUGGAUUUGGUGAAGUUUUUCAGGGGAGGCUUCCUAAUGGGCAAGAUAUAGCAGUGAAGAGGUUAUCUCGGAGCUCAAGACAAGGUGCUGAAGAAUUUAAGAAUGAAAUUACGUUGGUAGCAAAGCUUCAACAUCGAAACCUCGUGCGGCUACUCGGAUAUUGUUUGGAGGGAGAAGAAAAGCUACUUGUUUUUGAAUUUGUGCCUCACAAAAGUCUAGAUUACUUUUUGUACGAUAUUGAGAAAAAUAUGCAAUUGGAUUGGUUAAAGCGUUAUAGGAUAGCAUGUGGAAUAGCUCGAGGAAUGCACUAUCUACAUGAAGAUUCCCGACUUCGGAUUAUUCAUCGUGACCUGAAAGCAAGCAAUAUCUUGUUAGACAAUGACUGGAACCCGAAAAUUUCAGAUUUUGGCACGGCUAGGAUCUUUGGAGUUGAUCAAACUCAUGCAAGCACUAAUAAAAUUGCGGGGACUCUGGGUUAUAUGCCUCCGGAGUAUGUAAGGAAUGGGAAAUUCUCUAUUAAAUCUGAUGUCUAUAGUUUCGGCGUCCUACUUCUAGAGAUCAUCACUGGAAAGAAGAAUGAUCAUUUCUGCCAAUCAGAUGGGGGCAAAGAUCUGGCUAGCUAUGCAUGGAGAAACUGGAGAGACGGCACACCAUUGGAAAUUCUGGAUCCGGCCAUCCUAGACUUGCAUUCAAGAGAUGAAGUACUGAGGUGCCUGCACAUCAGCUUACUUUGUGUUCAGGAAGAUAUGGUUGAUAGACCCACCAUGGCGACAGUGCUUCACAUGCUCAGCAGCCAGCCCGUCACUAUGCCGCAACCUCAACGUCCGGCCUUCUUCCCUCAAAGCACAGAUCAAUCCAUUAGUAGAUCAACACGGCAAUCGGUCAACGGAGUGACAAUUACGGAAUCAUACCCCCGAUGAUACAAAUAAUUGUUUUAUGUGAUAGCUUUGCAGGCCUUGAUAUAAUUGGUCUUCCGUGGAUACCAUUAGUGAACAAUGAGCAACGUCUGUUUACUGGAGAUCCUAUGUAUGACUU